AUGCGCUCUUCCUCUCCCGAGGUUGAUUCUGACCGUGACCUUCGCGCGGAUGCGAAGCGAAGAGACCCUCUGCCUUUUCCAAGCCAGCAGAUGUUUGUUUUAGCUUGCUGCAGAAUAUGCGAGCCAAUCGCAUUCAUGUCCAUUUUCCCCUACAUCUAUUACAUGAUUCAGGACUUUCACAUUACCGAUGACCCUAGCAAAAUUGCAGUCUACGCUGGCAUGGUCACCUCUGCCUUUACCCUGGCGGAAUUCGCGACUGGUGUAUUCUGGGGACGUCUAAGUGACAGAAUCGGUCGCAAGCCCGUUCUACUCAGUGGUCUUGCCGGUACAGCCGUCAGCGUUCUCGUUUUCGGCUUUGCUCCCAAUCUACCAGUUGCCCUCCUUGCUCGAGCCUUGGGCGGUCUUCUCAAUGGCAACAUUGGUGUACUUCAGACCACCGUCGCUGAGCUCGUGACGGUCAAGGAACAACAGCCUCGGGCGUACACGAUCAUGCCCAUGGUCUGGUGCAUUGGAUCAAUCGUUGGCCCCAUGAUUGGGGGUGCUCUGGCACGUCCAUGCAUCAGCUAUCCCCAGCUCUUCGCAAGGGGCACAAUCUGGGAUCGGUAUCCCUACUUGCUGCCCAACCUCUUCAGCGCCUUGACUGUCCUCUUCGGUGUUAUUAUCGGGCUCCUCUUCCUCGACGAGACGCACGCCAAGCAGAAGCUGCAGCGUGACCGCUUUCGUGAAGUAGGAGACAAGAUUGCCGCCUUUUUCAGCCGUGCCGGAACAUGCAAAGGCCGCGCCCUAGAGAAGCAGAGCCUGCUUCGCGAUUCUGCACCGUCUGGAUACAGCGCUAUAUCGUGCCGUGCGCCUUGUGUACUCCACGAAGAUGACGAGCCGCUCCCAAGCUACAAGAGCCAGGAGAGCUCGCCAAAGCUGGGCCCGAGCAAGGCACUUGCGGCGCCCGUUAUUACUAGAAUUGAAACUGCGCCGCAGCGACAGACGAAGAUCUUUACUCGACCUGUCAUCAUGAACAUCAUGUCAUACGGCAUUCUUGCAUUCCAUACCAUGACAUUUGACCAGCUUUUCCCGGUAUUCCUCAGCACUUCACCGCCUGACCAUGCUGUCCAACAGCUACCUUUUAAAUUUGUUGACGGAUUUGGCCUCGACACGAAAACCAUUGGUGUCAUCAUGUCGGUCCAGGGUCUCUACUCGCUAUUCUCCAAUUAUCUCGUUGUCGCACCCGUGACCCGCCGUCUGGGAUCUCUCCGCCUCUUUCGACUGAUUGCAUUCUCCUACUUUUCGCUGUACCUCGUCACUCCCUACCUUGUACUGCUGCCCGAACGCAUGCGAAUGCCGGCCAUUUACUUGCUCGUUAUUUGGAAGUGCACCUUUGCGACAAUGGCCUACCCCAGCAAUGCAAUCCUCCUUGCCAACUCGGCGCCCUCCAAGGAGGUUUUGGGCACCAUCAACGGCAUCGCAGCCUCGACCGCCAGUCUUUGCCGCGCUCUGGGCCCCACGGUCUCUGGCUUCCUCUACGCUCUCGGCCUCCAGACUGGCUACUCCGGUCUCGCUUGGUGGUUCAGCGGCGCAACCACCCUUGUCGGUGCUUACCUCAGCUCUCAGAUCACCGAGGGUGGCUACAAGUCUGCCAACUCCGAGGAAGUAGACGAGCCACUCCUCGAUUCCAUGGCCGAAGAGUACGACAAUGAACGACGCGUUUGA